AUGGCCGCUUCGUCUGCUCAUGCACAUCAGCAGCAACUCACGCCUACCUCCACCACCGACGGUGAGCACGAUGUCGCUUCGCCGCCCCUUCGACCCACGGAUCCAGUACAGCAGGAGGUAGAGGAGGACCGCGAGAGGGAGAGGCAGCGGCGGAUAUCCUCGCUUCCUUGUCCGGGUUGCGAGCAAGAUAGUGCUGGAGGAAGUGCUGUCGGUAUACGGAAUCGAUACAGGAGGGAUAUUGAAGAAAGCGCUGGACAGAAUAUCGCCAUCCCAGGCUCAGCGACUCAUGCCGAAAAGCACACCGUCAUGCCUUUUCUCGCCGAACACAUCCCCAACUCAUACAAUGCUGUCGGGUCGGCACCACAUGCCUGGACACCGCAGCAGAAGAAUGAGAGCGAGGACCAGCAGAUGAUUCUGGAUCUGCAGGCGGAGCGAGAGAACACCAAGUUCUGCUACCGGCAUUCACCAGAUAUGAAGUGUCGCAGACAAGCCAACGAACCCAGCAUGCAGGACCUGCAGACCUCCCUCUCCGCCCUGUCACAGUCUGACCAGCAGGCCAUUAGCCAUGUCUGGUCUCUCUUCAGCGCUGCGCCCGAAAAACACCGCAAUCUCAUGCUGCAAGGCAUCCUCACACAAUGCUGCUUCCCGCAGCUCAGCUACAUCAACAGCACACUGCGAGACCUGAUCAAGAUUGACUUUCUCGGCGCUCUACCCGCUGAGCUGGGCUUCAAGAUUUUGUGUUACCUGGAUACGGCGAGCUUGUGCAAGGCAGCGCAAGUGAGCCAACGGUGGAGGGCUUUGGCAGACGAUGAUGUGGUGUGGCACAAGAUGUGUGAGCAGCACAUCGAUCGGAAGUGUACGAAAUGCGGCUGGGGAUUGCCGUUGCUGGAGAGAAAGAGGUUGCGGAAUGAGAAGAGACAAAUUCAGCUGCGAGCGGCAGGUAGAGGGCUGAACGAGUGGAGUCCAGCAAUCACACCUAUACCUGAGGAGGUUCCCACGGAACGAGCGCUUGGUAAGAAAAGGGUGAAUGAAGAUGGUGAGGGAGCGCCUGGUUCAAGCAAGCGGGUGUGCUUCACCGAGGACACGAUCGCGGGACCAGCGCCGACUGCAGCAGAUACAGGCUACUUUGUCCCCACUUUACCUAAAAGACGACCUUGGAAAGAUGUCUACAAGCAGCGCUUCAAGGUUGGAACGAAUUGGAAGCAUGGCCGCUUCUCGACGAAGGUCUUCCGAGGUCACACGAACGGCGUCAUGUGUUUGCAGUUUGACGACAAGAUCCUGAUCACUGGUUCAUACGAUACUACGGUGAAAGUGUGGGAUUUGAACGCCACAGACGAAAGCACGGCUUGUUUGCGAACUUUACGAGGCCACACAAGCGGAAUCCGGUGUCUGCAAUUUGAUGAGAACAAGCUUAUGACUGGAAGUCUAGACAACACUUUACGAUUAUGGAACUGGAAGACGGGCCAAUGCCUCCGAGUCUUCCAAGCGCACACCGCAGGCAUCGUCACGCUCCACUUCUCCGGCCCGUGGGUGGCAUCCGGCAGUAUGGACCAGACCAUCCGCGUAUGGAACUCAGAGACGCAGCAAACCUUCCUCCUCCGCGGCCACACCGACUGGAUCAACAGCGUCAGAGUCGACGAAGCCAGCCGGACCCUCUUCAGCGCCAGCGACGACCUGAGCGUGCGACUCUGGGACCUCGACGCCAAAACCUGCAUCAAAGUCUUCGAAGGCCACGUCGGCCAAGUCCAAGUCGUCCUGCCCAUGCCCGCGGAGUUCGAACUCGACGAACACCGCGCUUGCUCCGCUCUCAUCGGCUCCAGCAACGCCAACGCCACCACCACCCGCGACACUGACGACGACGCCGAUAGUGUCGCCUCAGGCUCCGAACACCGCUUCGACGUCCGCGCCGAAACGCCCGGUUUACAGGACGAAGAGCCCUUCUGGCCCCACCAGCCCGACCGCCCCGCACCGCCGCGGUACAUGCUCUCCGGCGCGCUCGACGCCACGAUCCGCCUCUGGGACGUCCACUUCAACGCCGCCGAGCGCGGCAACACGCCCGGGCCUUCCUCCACCUCCACAUCCCCCCCUCCGCCCCAACAAAACCAAGCCCAACCCCCGGCUGCCGCGCCUCCAGCCGCGCCCCAACUCCCCUUCCGCAUCCUCCCCACCGACCCCCUCACCAACUCGCACACGCCCCGCGCAGCAUCCUGUCUCCGGACUUUCUUCGGGCACGUCGAAGGCAUCUGGGCGUUAGCAGCCGAUCACCUUCGGCUUGUGUCGGGGUCUGAGGACAAGAUGCUGAAGGUCUGGGAUCCGCGGACGGGGAAGUGCGAACGCACUUUUACGGGCCAUGCGGGCCCCGUGACGUGUGUGGGGUUGAGCGAUUGGGGGGUUGCGAGUGGGAGUGAGGAUUGUGGGGUGCGGGUGCUUUUGUUUGGGGAUGGGUUGGGGGGAGAGGGGCAUUCGACCGGUUAG